AAGCGACAGAAGGAAAAGAUACCCUUCUAGUCUGGCCAUUAUCAGGAUCUGCUUCUCAUACAGUAACAGGAUGUUCUGACUCUGAGAGAAAAUAUUCUUCUACAUAAUCUCUUCAAAGGUAUACAAUAUACCCUGGUAACGUACAGAAAACUGUCCAGUUCAAAUGCAGUAUAGAAUCAUUUACUGGAAUGUCUGAACAACUCUUCACACCUUUCUCUACUUACAUUCAGUUUGCUGUUAUGGUUUCAAAUGCUACACUCAAAGAUGGAACUAGUACAGUUACUGGACCACUACAAGAAAUAAGUGGUAUAAGUAAAACAUUGACAUGUGACACAAGCGUGAGUAGACCACGAGCUUUAAUAGUUUGGUAUAUUGGAACACAAGACAAGCAAAGGUCUACAUCUUCCACUUUUUCAUUCAAUCCACAGACCACCGAUCAUAACAAAACAGUCUACUGUAAAGCCUUUAACAUACAACCAGAGAAUCGAGCUGUCGUUUCAUACAAAUCAACACUUUUUGUUCAAGAACGGGCAAAAGUAAAGUCGUUUUAUAUUGGAAAGAAUGAAAGUCAAACGGUGGCGACAUUUGAGGAACACGAUGUGAACAUUCCGCUUAGUUGCAUUGGAAAUGGAAUAUCUGCCAAAGAACUUUAUAUCAUAUUUAACGGGGACAUUAUUGCAAGACAGUCUAACACAAAUAAAUUAGAAUAUAAUGUUCAAGACAUAACUUGUACUACAGGCGGCAUUUAUAUCUGCAAUGCACUUGAUAAUUUCGGUGCCUCAACAAAUAAAACUGUUACGUUAUUUGUAGAAUGUUCUCCACGACCAGUUCAACAAGUUCUUCACAAUAUAACAAGUCAAGUCGGAAAACCCGUAACACUUUACUUCAUGGUUAUAGCUUAUCCUAAACCUGGACCUAAAGGAUUUUCAUGAUUUAUGGAAGAUCGGCUUAAUUGGGUUUCUUUACUGAGUAACGAAGGUCUUCAAAUUUCAUCAAAUGAUUUGGAGACAAAUUUAACAAUCUCAAAUGUAUCUCGUGAACAUUUUGGAAAAUAUCGUGUAACUACUGUUAAUAGAAUCGGUUCAUACGAUCAGAUAUUAUUCCUCUCAGAGAAAGGUAUUGUUAGUUGUUAUACUUUUUGAAAUGGACAAUUUCUGGACCUAAUAACACAUCGUCUUGGCUAAAGAAACUAUUAUUAUUUGUACUGAAUUUAACGGACAUUUUAACUUUUAUACAUUUUAUUCCUGAACAUGAAUCAGUUCCAACAUUAGUGUUUGUAAGCUUUAUUAUUGCCUAUUUAUAUUCUUAUCUGCUUACUUAGAUUUCAGACUUGACACUUGCAAUACAUGCAAUAAAGAGAAAUGCUCCUUUACAACUACAAUAGUUCUCGGGAUAGUAUGUGUCGUUCUGGUUGGUUAUGGUACUGGUGUAUCCAUAUUGUACAAAAGAUAUACCUCUAAGAAAGGUACAACAACACAUUCAAGAUAUGGAUCAAGAACUAGGAAUGACUGUAUAGGAAAUAAUACUGAUGUAACAGAGGAACAAGGUUACGAAAAUAAUGUUACAGAAGCUGACGAGGACACUUCGAAACAAUUUACUGAGCUGACACAUUACUCUAACGAUACUGCACCAUAUGAACCGUUACGUGUUUAGAUAACUAAAAGAUGGUUGCAACUUGUUUUAAACUCUUUGUCAAAAUGUCUGUAUGAAAGUGAAGUGAAAUGUUCACAUUAAGUGGUUUAUUUCAUAUACUCGUACAACGUAAAAUAUUUGAUACAUACCUCCAUUGCGAUGGUUUGAAUAUAUUUUGAUGUAUAAUGAAGUUAUAAGUUAUGAGGUAUACUACUGUGUAUUAUUUAAGACUUGACUUGGGGCCAUCUACCUUUCAGAAACUUAAGAGUACGAAUUCAGUAUAUGAAUGCACAAAUGAAAUACAUUUGUUACUCUUUGAAAGACCGGUUGGGACCAUUCAACUUCAUGAGUUGCCGAUUCGUCUUCGUGAUUUCACAAUUUUAACUUUGUUAAUUCACAUAAGCGACAUACGGGAUUCACGAAUUCUAGAUUUUAGCUUCAUGAAUUGACAAAAUUGAAUUGAAGUUGAAAUCGUGAAUUCGUGAU